ACUGCCAUAUAAUCCAGUUCAGUGUGGAUUUUAUACAGUUGUGUAGAAGGGGCCUCAGAUAAUCCAGUUCUAAUCAGAUAAUAUAAGAUUAUAAAUAUAAUAUAUAAUAUUUACUGUGGUAUAAUAUAAUAUAAUCUCUAAGAUCAUGACAGUAAAUAAAGAGCAAAACUCUGAAAACAGGGGAAUUCUAGAAAGGAAACAACCAGGGCCAGCUAACACCUCUUAACAAAGGAUUCCUCCAGACAGGAAGCAGGCAGGCUUUGAAGCUGCAAGGCCAUUAAAUGUUAAUCAAGGUUAAUUGCAGCAUUCAUACUUGCUGCACCGAGACUAUUAAUUACUAUUCAACCUGGCCAACCAAGAAUUCCACAAGGUAGAAAGCGGCCAAGCUUGCAAGCAGCAAGGCUAUUCAGUGCUGUUCAACCUGGCCAACCAAGAUUUCCCCUAGAUAGAAAACCCCCAGGCUUUGAAGCCAUGAGGCUAUUCCAUCCCAUUCAACCUGGCCAAUGAAGGAUGGCCCUGUGUAGAAAGCAGCCAGGCUUUGAAGCAGCAAGGCUAUUCAGUGCUGUUCAACCUGACCCCAACCAAGAUUUCCCCUAGAUAGAAAACCCUCAGGUUUUGAAGCCAUGAGGCUAUUCUGUCUCAUUCAACCUGCCCAAGGAAGGAUGCCCCUAUAUAGAAAGCGGCCAGGCUUUGAAGCAGCGAGGCUAUUCAGUGCAAUUCAAAUUGGCCAAAAAAUUCCCCUAGAACACAGGUACCCAGGCUUUCAAGCAGCAAGCCUAUUCCAUUGUAUUCCAGCUCACCAAACAAGGAUUCGCCGGCCGGGCUUUGGGGUUGCAAGGCUAUUCACUGCUAUUCCACCUGGUCAACAAAUGAUUCCCAUAAGCCGCAGCAACACGUGGCCGGGCACAAGUAGUUAUUGUAGAAAUGUACAUUUCAACAGGAUUAUUAUUUAGUCCUGUUCAAAAUUAAUGCAGAAAAAAUCCCUCUUGCUUGAUUCCUAUCACCCUGUUCCUUUCCCUUCUUACUUAGAUAUGUAAAUAGGUUAUUUCAAAAACAUGUUAAAUAAAAGAAAAAUUGUGAUUUCAUUUAUAAUCUUUUUGUUAAAAUGGUUUAUGGUUUCACCUUGGUAUAAUCCUUAACUCCAUAUUGAAUUUAAAAUCAUGCUUUGGUUAUUGUCGUGCUGAAAUAUGUUUUAGUCUUCUUCAGACAAGUCUGCAACAAAUAAUUUAUUGCAAAACUUAUGUCACAAUAUCAUUAAGAAACAUCAUUAUAAAAAGAUGCCAGGCCAGCAUAGAAUUAGGUCAAUUUUCUCCUUUACACAUAGCUGUUAGGCUGGCACGAUUUCAUGUAGGGUCUUGGAUACAUUUCUCUAGGGAGCUGCUGUAGCUGCAGUCUGAUUUGUAAGAAAAGGAAAGAAAAUGAUGUCAUCUUCAUUUAAAGGGGAACCUUGAAGGAAGUAGAAUAUUUCUUCCUAAUACUUAGCUUGUGUCUACAGUAGUUAUGAAAUAUUGCUUAUGUGCCGAAGAUUUUGGAGUAUGGAAUUUCAUGCACAUUCCAUCUAUUUUAAAAGGCUAAUGUAAGAUUAAUGUAUCUCUAGCUUACUUGAACAACAGAAUGUGUUUGCUAGCAUUCAGACAAAGGAAGAAGCUUAAUUUAACUUACUAUUAAAUAUAAGUCUUAUUCAUACUAAACAGGCUAGAUCACAUGAAGAUAUCUUUGUUGGAAACAGUUCUCUGCUUAGAGUUUAUGCUCAUGUACUUUAGAGAAGCAUUACACCAAUCGUUUAAAUCAUGUAGCUACAGUAGUGGAACUUGCCUCCUUUGGGAGAACAAACGUAUUAAAUCAGGUUUGAACACUGAAUGUUUCCCCACUUUCUUAAGCAAUGCUCAAGAUUAAUAGAAUAAGCUAUAAAAUGGAAAUAUUACAGACAUACGUAUGUCAUUCUAUCAUUUUAAUCAAUUGGUUUUGUCCUAUAAUAUUCUUCCAUUCAUACAGCAGAGCCUUUUUUGAGUGAAAGGGAGCACAUUUUUCAGCAACCAACUCUCUGCUAUAGUGUUCUUGAGGGUUUUCUGAUACUUCGGAUCAUAGUUUCAGAAUGUUAAGACAGAGAAUAGGAAACAAAAAAAAUCACCACUGAAACCACUGGGUUCCUUAUAAGUGGGACCCCAACUUUGCACUAUUGAACUCUUCUCGAUGACAAUAGGACUUCACACCUAUUGCUCUAUGGAGCAUUUCUUGAAAGUAACUGGUGGGAGCAGUUAGAGUUAGGAAUAGGGGAACUGCAGGGAGAAAGAAAACUCCUGGUUCUCUUGAUAGACACUGUACUAUCAGUGGAAGAAUACAGUUGACAUUGAUUAUGGAUCUUUCUACAUCUGUUGUUUAUUGCAUCAGUAGUCCCAUUAGUACUGAUAAUUUCUCCUUUCAGCCAAUCAUGUUUAACCAUGGAGUGAUUUACUUUGGUUAUAAAAAACAAUGUCAGUCCACAUUUUCUGUAUACAAUUAGAUAAAUGCAAGAUUUUGGGCAUGAUUUUCCCUGAUUUAGUGUUUUUCACUCGAGGUUCUGUUUGACAGGUGCAUGUAUGCCACAAUGCAUAGACAACAGCUCUUAGAAAAAUAAUUUAGAUCUUUUUCCUUAUUGAUACUGAGGAAAAUUUAACAGAAAAGACUUCAUCUCUAAUUGGGCAGUCAAUGAGGUAGAGUUAGAUAUCAUAUUUCAACCAGGAAUAUUGAGAGCCAAUUGUUCCUGAAAAGAAGAAACUGCUCUUUUUUGAGACCAUGUUGAAGGUUUUCCCCUUGACCUUAAUGUGAGCUGUACAGAAAUUCCGCAUCAUCCCUUCACCCAUCCAUCUUUGAUUUUGCCAUUUAAAGAGGCACACCUCUGAAUCCGGAUUUUUUAUAUAGAACACAGAUAAUAUGUUUCCUUGUUUAUUGCUAAUAUUCAAAGUUUCAAAGUCUUGUUAACUUCUGUAAUGCAGAAUGUGUGUGCAACACCAUGUUUGCAUUGUGCUUUGAUGUGAUAUGAUUUUACAAACUAACAAUUUAAAAUUCCUGGCUUUUUUUUUUCAAGGGGUAUAUAUUUUGCUGAGAAGUUUAUAGUCUAUUGAAUGAACAUGUUGUAAAAGGCUUUAUACAUGCAGAAUCUGUGGAGGGAUCAUGAAGAACCUGUGUUAAUUGCAGUGACAGAAGAUAUGCUUUGUUCAUAAUUCUCCUUAAAAACAUGUGAACAGACACACAGAUUUCAAGAGUAGGUGGUAAAACAACCCACCCAAAGGAAUUGUGUGUAAUGUCAGAUCAGCGGAGCAAUAUGAAAUGCAUCAUAGAGUAUGUUUUGCUGAAUUGUUGUUGUAAAGAGGUGUGUUUAUACUAGGUCAAUAAAGAUGCUCUGGCUGCAUCUGCAGAUACAGUAGCCAAUUGAUCUAAUGCAGUUUCUAAAGGCUUUCUAUACAGGUGAUGUCAUCCUUUUAGCUCCAUUCCCCUCCCACUCUCUCUCCUCCUUAUUAGAUAUUUCAUCUUGCUGCGGAGCAUCCAAUCGAUGAGAGCUUCUCCUGAGGGAGCUGCUGAGAAACGAGCAAAGAUAGUAGGAAUUAGGACUCGAACAUUCAGUCUUGCUGUGGGUGUUGCAUUUUGCAAUGCAUUAGAAAUGUUUUAAUUGGUACAUUUUGGGUUUGGUUUAAUUCUUGUAUCUGGCUGAUGCUUUAGAAUUCUAAGCUACACUGCAGCAUUUUAAAGUCUGCAUUGGGGGUGGGAGAAUGAUUUUGAUUGCAGAGGAUUUGAGCAGUUCUGUAGUGCAAACCUCUUAAGUGUGUGCGUGUGUGUGCUAGCAUGCAUAUUUUUCUUGAAGAUUCUGGCUCUGCAUACGUUCAGUCUUGCAGUCAUAGCAUGCAGGAGUAUAAAUGUGAAACUUUGAUAUGAAGGAUUCCUCAGUCUACUUAAGAAGAAUCUUUACAACUAAUUACAAAGAUGUGGAAAAGGGGACCUGAAAAUUAGCCAGCUUUAACAGUGCCUUUAAGUUGGAAAAUUCUUAAUAGGAAUUCAGCACCUACCUUCUAAUGGACUGUUUAAUCCAUUUUUAGUCUCAUCUUGAUUUUUUUUUUCUAACUGCAUAUUCUGCUUGGGAAAUCCUAUUGACAUUCGUAUUUCCGUAAGAAGCACCACUGCAUUUUUUAAUGUAUGCUGUUAUGUGCUUGUAAAAAUUGGACUUUUUUGCAACACUGAAAGCUGCUGGAGGAACUAUAGUUGUCAUUACUGUGAAAAUAAAGUCUGCAUAAUUUUAUGCCUGAAGAUCAAUUUCUUUGGCUUAUGCUUUGUAAGGAGAAUCUUUUCAGGAUCUUACUUAAUUUAUUGUCUGUGGCUUCUGCUUGCAAGUGGAAACUUUCCUCUUCAACCCAGGAAAUGGCUUUUCUUGUUCGCUGUUACGCCAACUGUCUGCAACCAUGGGCCUCUAAACUUCCAGCAGAUCUUACCAAGAUGCACCUCACAGAUGGCCAACAUCCACAGGUGACACACGUCCCAUCAAGCCAGUCUGGCUGCAGCAUUGCCAGUGAUUCUGGGAGCAGCAGUUUAUCUGACAUUUACCAGGCUACAGAAAGUGAAAUGGGAGAUGUAGAUUUAACUGGUCUCCCAGAAGCACCAGUAGAUUCUGAAGAUGAUGAAGAAGAAGAUGAAGACAUUGAUAGAACGUCAGAUCCCUUGCUGGGUCGAGACGUUGUACGGGAGUGCCUUGAAAAGGAACCUGCUGACAAAACAGAUGAUGACAUUGAACAAUUACUAGAAUUCAUGCACCAGCUUCCUGCUUUUGCAAACAUGACUAUGUCUGUAAGACGAGAACUGUGCUCAGUGAUGAUAUUUGAAGUGGUAGAACAAGCUGGAGCUAUCAUUCUUGAAGAUGGACAAGAACUGGAUUCUUGGUAUGUUAUUUUAAAUGGCACUGUUGAAAUUAGCCACCCAGAUGGGAAAACAGAAAGUCUCUGUAUGGGAAAUAGCUUUGGAAUUACUCCCUCUCUGGAAAAGCAGUACAUGAACGGUGUGGUUAGGACCAAAGUAGAUGAUUGCCAGUUUGUGUGUAUAGCGCAGCAGGACUAUUGGCGAAUUCUGAACCAUGUAGAAAAAAAUACACAUAAAGUUGAAGAAGAAGGAGAAAUUGUUAUGGUGAAGGAGCACAGAGAGCUGGAUCGCAGUGGAACCAGGAAAGGACACAUUGUUAUUAAGGCAAUACCAGAACGCCUCAUUAUGCAUUUAAUUGAGGAACACUCUAUUGUGGAUCCAACAUACAUUGAAGACUUCCUCUUAACAUACAGAACAUUUUUGUCAAGCCCUCUGGAAGUUGGGGACAAGCUGCUGGAGUGGUUUCAAGUAGACAGCCUUAGGGACAAGGUUACUCGAGUUGUACUGUUGUGGGUAAACAAUCAUUUUAAUGAUUUUGAAGGAGAUCAUGCCAUGACACGAUUUUUGGAAGAAUUCGAAAGAAACUUGGAAAAUGCAAAAAUGAAGGGGCACCUCAGGUUACUAAACAUUGCCUGUGCAGCAAAGGCAAAGUGGAGACAAAUCACAUUGCAGAAGCCUUCUCGAGAUUCCCCACUUUAUUUUGGCCUCCUUGGAGGAAGUGAAAAAGGAUUUGGUAUUUUUGUAGAGACAGUAGAAUCGGGAAGCAAGGCUGCAGAAGCUGGACUUAAACGUGGGGACCAGGUAAUGGAAGUAAAUGGGCAAAAUUUUGAGAAUAUUACAUUUGCAAAAGCCACUGAAAUCUUGAGGAACAAUACUCAUCUUUCCAUCACUGUAAAAACAAAUAUUUUUGUGUUCAAGGAAUUGCUUAAUAGGAUAGGACAAGAGAAAAAUGGCAUUCCACAUAUUCCCAAAAUAGCUGAAAAGAAGAAUAAUCGUUAUUCUAUCCCUGAUAUUCCUGGAGAUGUGGAACAGAUGUUUCCACGUGAGAAAGGAAACAAGAAAAUCAAAGCAAAUACUGUGUCUGGUGGAAGAAAUAGAAUCAAGAAAAUUUUAGACAAGACUCGGUUUAGCAUCUUGCCCCCAAAACUGUUCAGUGAUGGCAGUGUAAGCCAGUCACAGGAUGAUAGUAUUGUGGGUACAAGACAAUGCAGACACAGUUUGGCAAUUAUGCCUAUUCCUGGUACACUCUCCUCCAGCAGUCCCGAUCUAUUGCAACCUACAACCAGCAUGUUGGAUUUUUCUAAUCCUUCAGCAGUUGGUUUUUACUACAUUCCAGAUCAGGUUAUAAGAGUUUUCAAGGCUGAUCAACAAAGUUGUUACAUUAUUAUCAGCAAAGACACUACAGCAAAGGAGGUUGUGAGCCAUGCAGUGCAUGAAUUCAAUUUGACGGGAGCCCCAGAGACAUAUUCUCUCUGUGAAGUUUCUGUGAGUUCUGAAGGAGUUAUCAAGCAGAGAAGGCUUCCUGAUCAAUUCUCAAAGUUAGCAGACCGAAUUCAGCUCAAUGGGAGGUAUUACCUUAAAAAUAAUAUGGAAACAGAGACACUUUGCUCAGAUGAAGAUGCUCAAGAACUGCUUAGAGAGAGCCAGAUUUCCCUUCUCCAGUUGAGCACUAUUGAGGUGGCUACUCAGUUAUCAAUGAGAGACUUUGAAUUAUUUCGCAACAUUGAGCCUACUGAAUAUAUUGAUGACUUAUUUAAACUUGAAUCUAAAACUGGAAAUGCUAAUCUGAAACAAUUUGAGGAUGUUAUUAAUCAAGAGACAUUUUGGGUUGCCACAGAAAUUUUAUCUGAAUCAAACCAACUUAAAAGGAUGAAAAUUGUGAAACAUUUUAUAAAAAUUGCUCUCCAUUGUCGAGAGUGCAAGAAUUUCAAUUCUAUGUUUGCUGUUAUAAGUGGUCUUAAUCUGGCACCAGUUGCUCGACUUAGAAGUACAUGGGAAAGAUUACCAAACAAGUAUGAAAAACACCUUAGAGACCUUCAAGAUCUUUUUGAUCCUUCUAGAAAUAUGGCAAAGUAUCGCAACAUCCUUAGCAGUCAGAGCAUGCAGCCUCCAAUUAUUCCCCUCUUUCCUGUUGUCAAGAAAGAUAUUACAUUUCUUCAUGAAGGAAAUGAUUCAAAAGUGGAUGGCUUGGUAAAUUUUGAGAAACUCAGAAUGAUUGCCAAAGAGAUUCGUCAAGUCAUCAGAAUGACCUCAGCUAACAUGGAUCCUGCUGUAAUGUUUAGACAAAGGAAGAAGAGGUGGAGGAGUUUGGGAUCCCUGAGCCAAGGCAGUACAAACUCAAACAUGUUGGAUGUUCAAGGAGGUGCUCAUAAGAAACGGGCCCGGCGCAGCUCCUUGCUAAAUGCAAAAAAGUUGUAUGAAGAUGCUCAAAUGGCUAGGAAAGUCAAACAGUACCUGUCCAAUCUGAAUGUGGAAACAGAUGAAGAAAAGUUCCAGAUAAUGUCACUUCAGUGUGAACCUGCAUAUAGUACUUUGACAAAGAAUUUAAGUGAAAGACGAGGUGUAAAAGCUGUAGAAAUGUCUCCAAUGCCAUUGAGGUCUGUUGGACAAACUACAAAAGCUCAUUUACAUCAGCAGAACAGAAUGAGUCAAGUCCUUCAGGUUCCAGCUGUUAAUUUGUACCCCAUAAGGAAAAAGGGACCGACAAAAGACCAUGUCACAUUCAGUGCUGGAUCUCCGCAGAAGUCAGUGAAUUUGUCUGAAGAAUCCAAUAGUAAAAAACAACUAGAGGAUAAUAUAUCUAUGGCAUCUCUGCAUUCCAGUCCUCCUGCUUCUCCUCAAGGCUCUCCACGGAAAGUUGGCAACCCCCAGAGAUCUGAUAACUGCAGCCAGAUUAACCUCUCUGGAUCAUCCUCAUCUCUUGCAAGUGAAACAAGCAACAAGAACAGUGGGCAACGCAACUAUGGAAUAGGCUAUGCCCUGAUACCGUCUGCCAAAUCUGAGAAUUUCUCUGAUUCCAGCCACAGUGAGAUUUCUUCCCGGUCUAGCAUUGUGAGCAACUGUUCUGCUGACUCGAUGUCUGCAGCACUUCAGGAUGAGAGAUGUCUGCCUCAGGCCGUGGUGGUGAUAGAUUCAGUGGGAACAGCGGAAAGGAAAGACCACCUUCCACCAUCCUCAGAGUAUGGCCAGACAUGCCCUGGUUGGCCACUCCCUAGACUUCCGGUGAUCCGGGGACUGCCUGUUCCAUCUUCUAUGAGUACAGAAGAGAUUUCCCAUGAGCACAUCAUGAUAGAAGCAGCAGAUAGUGGUCGUGGAAGCUGGACCUCAUGUUCUAGUAGCUCUCAUGACAACUUCCAAAAUAUCCAGAACCAGAAGGGAUGGGAUCUCUUAAAUUCUUACCGCCACACUCAUUUAGAAAGGGCCAUAGCUGAGGUAGAACCAUCAAGUUGUUGUCCUGAAGAGACACAUUUGCAGUCAAAGCUUCACUCCAGCAACAGCAGCCAAUCCAAAGAUGGUGUGGACUUCGACCAAUCCCGGCAAAGCUGGGCUUCAUCGGGUUCUCUGUCUGAUGCACAUGAGGCAAAUUAUGGAACAGUAAAACGAAGAGGACUUGACGGCUUGACAGUGGAGCAGACCGAGGUUUUGGACUCCAAAGCAGAGAACGAUGCAACAUACAAAACUGUCACAUCGAGUACAGAGCGAGGCCUCAUAGUGUACUGUGUCACCUCACCUAAGGAAGACAAUAGAUAUAGGGAACCACCGCCCACCCCGCCAGGAUAUAUGGGGAUUUCUUUAGCGGACAUAAAGGAAGGAUCACCUCACCACCCACAUCUAAAACCUCCAGACUAUAGUGUGGCGGUUCAGAGGUCAAAGAUGCUGCAUAGCAAGCUCUCUAGGCUCUCCUCCGCACCUCUGAGUAGCGAACCAGUGGCCUGUUUUCCAAAGAAGAUGCCUCAGUGGCAUAGCCAGCAGCCGACCCAUCCUAAUCUAGCAGAUAUGACUGACGCAAAUAGUGAAGAGGAUGAAGAUGAACAAGUAUCAGCUGUCUAGCCUUUGAGCUUCCUGUGAAAGUCCCAACAACAUCGUAAGAAGGAACCAUACAAUACUGUUAGCUGUAGCUAACAGCUUGCUGCUAUUUAUUUCCAAAUGUUGCUUUUGCUUCUGUUCUGAAUAAUAUGGUGAACUUCUCUGGAUUGUAAUUUUGAACUUCAGUCUGCUAAGAUCAGUUCCACAGCCUAAGAAAACUAUUUAUACCCAAGAGGGACAGACAGAUUGAUCUGAGGAAUACUGACCUUUUACUGCUGAAAUAAAUAUCCAGAAGAAUCUAACUUUUAAUGCAUUGGAGCCACCUUGGAAGGAUUCUUCUCUAGAAAAUCAAUAGAAUAUUUUAGUCGACCUGGCUCCGAUACUCACUUUUAGGACCAUUCUGGCUCUCAGUUGAAGAAUGUUAUUUUAUGUAAUUAGAAAAACUGCAAAAACUUCAGCAAAACCAAGGAAAUUUCUGCAGCAAUCAGAAGAGUAAUUUAUUAAUUUGGAGUUUAUCAAAGAGUUUUUGUUUGUUUAUAUGUGCAUUGGAAUGCUCUGGUUGGCUAAUGUGAAUGCUUUUAUAAAGAAAGAUAACAAAUUAGUUGCUAAAUGAAAUGUCUUGUGCUAAGCAGUACACUUUGGACUUUGGAGGAACUGGAUGUUCAUGAGUACAGCUAGAGGUUUAUACAAUGCAACAUAAACCUCUCUUGUAAAAUGCCAAGCCCCUGAUGUAUGUGAUAAGUGUGCUUUAAUAUAAAUGCAGCAGUAGCAUACUGCCAUCUGUUGGUCCUGUAUUUUAGGAACAGUAAAAUACACGGGGCCAUCUUUUCCGCUAUCAAGUGUCAAAAUGACAUGUAGUCUUUUUUUCUCCAACAUAUCCUGUUUCUUGCCCUUUAAUCUAACUUAUUCAUGGUCUGUGUUGUAUGUACAGCAUGUCUACCAGAUAGCUCAUGAGACUCAAAUCCCAUUGUUUUAUAUAUUUUCAAAAGGAAAGAUAAAAGAAAAAGCACAAAGAGGUAUCAGCUGUUGUGAAAUAUAUCCUUAGUUUUUGACCUGUUUCCCUUCAGAAAGACUUGCACUGGAAAAGCACCCAUCAAGCUAAGCUCUUUGGGAGACUAGCCUUGGGUAUUUGAACGUUUUGAACAGAUCCACAGUAAUAGGAAGAAAGAUCCAAGGUUUGAUCAUGGAACUACUCUUAAUAACCACAGUCAUAAAAUCUUGUAUCUCACAUUGAAUCUCAAGCCUCAGGUUUUCUACAAGGUUUUUCCUUUGAGUCAUCAAACGCACUUGGGACUUGACCUGUACCUGAUCAGAUGCACUGCCCAUUUAUAUAAAUGCAUAGGAUCCAGGACAAACCCUUCUAUUUGGAAAUCCAUUGGAUUUUAAGCCCCUGUGAGACUUAGCUCCUAUGAAGCUCUUCACUUAACUUUUCAGACCUUUCUGUAAUCACAAUAACAUGGAAGCAAAACUCAUCACAUGAUCUGUGACCAUUAAGUUUCACAGUUUGCACUGUACAAUACUGUACACUUCUUCUGUUCUUACAACCAAGGUGUGUUUGAAUUCCUAAACAACCCCAGAUUGGUUCAUAUAGUUAUGUAACACUUUAGGUAUAGAACCUGUACAUAUAGAUAACAUGCUCUAAAAGAGUCAAUAAAAUAUGUUGGGGGCUUUUGCCAUCCACAGGAGCCCCUGAAAGUUACUCCUUAACUUAUCAAUAGUGAGGACAUAAGUUUUGGAUAAAAUAAUAGAUAGCAAUUAUGUCUGCAGUUGCUCUGAGCUUUGGGAGCACUCAGAAGGAGCCAGGGUUACUGCUCCCAACUGCUGUAAUAGACUAAUAUGACUACAAGAUCAAGCCCUCUGCUUCAUCCCCAAUUUAGAUGCUGGCUUCAGAGGUACUCAGGAUCUCAUAAACCCAGUGUGACUACAGAUCUAAUUCCACCUUUUUACUGGCUGUAAAAAAUGUUUGCUAUGCUCUGAUGCUGAGUGCUUAUUCAAGAGGCAAAACAUCCUGCCUGAUGUUACAGAGCCACAGCUUUCCCAAAACUGUGGACUAUGUGUAUGUAAAGGUAAAGGACUAAGCAAAGUCACUGACUGUUUAUAGUGAGACAGCUGUGGUUGCAGUUUACUUAGCCAACCAGAGUCCAUUAAGAAAAACUGGAGUAAACUUUUAUUUUCUUCCUCUGGUAUAUAAUCAUGGUCAAACCAAACGUUAUAAAUAGACAU